CCUCUUCAUCUCCCUCUUAGAAAGAAACAAGCUGUAGAGAGGACACAGUUCAAGGAAAAACAUAAAGUGAAGGAGAAUUAAUUCCUUUCCAAACAUCAAGAAGAAGAAUUGUUUAACUCUAUUUUGGAGAAGUGGAGGAGCCAGGAGAGGAAAUUCCCGUCUGGGAUGGGCAUAGAGGCUCAACAACAGGGAUGACAUGGUGUAAUGACUCAGACGAUGAAAGAGCUAUUCAAAUAAUCUCAACCUCCUGUGAAGAUAAGAGUGUCAUCGAUGCAAAGGCUGAUGACAUACUUCCGACACUAACAUGCCCUUCAUGUGGCCACCAAAUAGAAUUCCAAGAUCAGGCCGGGAUUCAUGAUUUACCGGGACUGCCUGCGGGAGUGAAGUUCGAUCCGACAGACCAAGAGAUUCUUGAACACUUAGAGGCAAAGGUGCUGUCUGAUACACAUAAGACACAUCCCCUAAUUGAUGAAUUUAUCCCUACACUGGAGGGAGAGAAUGGAAUUUGCUACACUCACCCGGAGAAACUACCAGGAGUAAGCAAAGAUGGUUUAAUUCGUCACUUCUUUCAUCGACCUUCAAAGGCAUACACAACUGGGACGAGGAAAAGAAGAAAGGUGCAUACCAAUGAAGACGGAGGCGAGACCAGAUGGCACAAAACAGGCAAGACUAGACCAGUUUUUGUUGGUGGGGCAGUGAAGGGAUUCAAAAAGAUACUGGUGCUCUAUACCAACUAUGGAAGACAAAGGAAGCCGGAGAAGACAAACUGGGUAAUGCACCAGUACCAUCUUGGCAAUAAUGAAGAAGAGAAAGAUGGAGAAUUAGUGGUUUCAAAGGUUUUCUACCAAACACAGCCUAGACAAUGUGGUUUGAGCAUUAAGGAUUCACUUGAUAACAAAUCAAAUAGUCGAAGUGCGCAUGAUGGUCCUAUAAUUAAAAGCGCUGCAUUGGUAGAAUAUUAUCAUCCUUCUUUUAUCUCUUAUGACCAAGUAAGCCAUAAUAGAGAAAGCCCACCUCAGCUGAUUCCCAACUUGGUAGUCCAAGGCGACGGGUCUUCCUUCAUUCGACUAGCUGCUGAUGCAAGCAAAGGAAACUUGAGAGGAAAUAGAGAUGGAAGAGCUGAUAUAUAGCAACGACAAUGACUCCUGGUUGGUGGUGGUAGUUGUUUGUUGCUGUGUAACACUCGAAAAUAAAUUAAUAGCAUCAGAUUUUAAUUAAUGAGGAGGAAAAGGGAGAAUAAGGUGGACAUAUAUACAUAUAUAUGGGGUUUCUUUUUAACUAAAGAAAAAGAGGCCAGGUUUUCCAGGUUCUUCAACUGGGCAUUGAAGAUUUGGCCAUGACACUGCCUUGUAGUUUUCAGAGUAGUUGUUGGUUCAGCAAGUGGAUGAAGGAGGAGCACUGUCAUACAACCAUGCGUAUGGGAGACCCAUGCAUAUUGAUUGAAGAACUGUACAAAUAUGAUCGAUACUUACCUAUAUUUAGGUAGUUUGGUAUGCUUUAGGUUCAUCAUAUAUAUAUAUAUUUAUGUGUUAUGUCGAUCAAAACUUAGUUCUAUAUAUCUUCUGGAAACUUCUGAGUGAAUUAAUAAAAAGUGCUCUCUUUCUGGUAAUUGCUCA